GACUGCAGAGCCGGGGCUGGGCUCGGCGCGCGCUUGGAGAGCAUUGCGCGCGGCUGGGCCCGCGGCCGGCGGCUCCUCCUCCCACUCUGCUCCUCCUCCUUUUUCUCCUCCUCCUCCACCUCCUCCUCCGCCACCUCCUCCUCUUCCUCCUCCUCCUCUCCAAUUCUCCCGGUGGCUCGGCUCGGCUCGCUGGCUUCGGUGAAACCCCUACUCCAGUCACCGACUCAGCGCCCAGGAGGGUCGCCUUUGGCUGAGGGCACACCCCAGGGAGAGGAAGGGUCCCGGCAUCUGGGCCGCCGCGGGCACCUAGCUGUUCCUGGGUGAACCCCGACCACAGCCGUCGCCGCCAGGGGCAGAGUUUGCGCCCCUGCUUUGCGCCCUAGGCGCCGAAACCCGGCGGGCGAUGCCCGCGGCGUGAAAGCGCCCACGGCGGGCGCUGACCUCUGCCCUCUUCUCCCGUCCCCCAUCCCCGCCCCGAUCUCGGUGCUCUGGUGACCCUGGCUUUGGCGCCGCCGCCCAGGCGCCCCGCGAUGUAGCUGCCCCCCACGCCUCGGCGGGGAGGCGUCCUGGCCCGCGGGUGCCCGGGGCCCGGAGCCCGGCCUGGGGGCGCAGCCGAGCUCGGGCGGGGCCGGGGCCGUGGUGGCGAUGCACUGGGCCCGUUAGCGCCCGGAGCGCCAGGCAGCUGAGGCGGAGGGGCAAGCCCUUCGUCGGAGGAGUCGCGCCCCCCGGCCCCGCCGGUCCCGCCGUGAUGCUGUUCCACAGUCUGUCGGGCCCCGAGGUGCACGGGGUCAUCGACGAGAUGGACCGCAGGGCCAAGAGCGAGGCUCCCGCCAUCAGCUCCGCCAUCGACCGCGGCGACACCGAGACGACCAUGCCUUCCAUCAGCAGUGACCGUGCUGCGCUGUGCGCGGGCUGCGGGGGCAAGAUCUCCGACCGCUACUACCUGCUGGCGGUGGACAAGCAGUGGCACAUGCGCUGCCUUAAGUGCUGCGAAUGCAAGCUCAACCUGGAGUCCGAACUCACCUGCUUCAGCAAGGAUGGCAGCAUUUACUGCAAGGAAGACUACUACAGGCGGUUCUCUGUGCAGCGAUGCGCCCGCUGCCACUUGGGCAUCUCGGCCUCGGAAAUGGUGAUGCGUGCUCGGGACUUGGUUUAUCACCUCAACUGCUUCACGUGCACCACAUGUAACAAGAUGCUGACCACGGGUGACCACUUCGGCAUGAAGGACAGCCUGGUCUACUGCCGCUUGCACUUCGAGGCACUGCUGCAGGGCGAGUACCCCGCGCACUUCAACCAUGCCGACGUGGCGGCUGCCGCUGCAGCAGCCGCUGCAGCCAAGAGUGCAGGAUUAGGUGCGGCAGGGGCCAACCCACUGGGUCUACCCUACUACAAUGGCGUGGGCACUGUGCAAAAGGGGAGGCCGAGGAAGCGCAAGAGUCCAGGCCCUGGGGCGGAUCUGGCAGCCUACAAUGCUGCACUGAGCUGCAACGAGAAUGAUGCGGAGCACCUGGACCGCGACCAGCCCUACCCCAGCAGCCAGAAGACGAAGCGCAUGCGCACCUCCUUCAAACAUCACCAGCUUCGGACCAUGAAGUCUUAUUUUGCCAUUAACCACAACCCCGACGCCAAGGACUUGAAGCAGCUCGCACAAAAGACCGGCCUCACCAAGCGGGUCCUACAGGUCUGGUUUCAGAACGCCCGGGCCAAGUUCAGGCGAAACCUUUUACGGCAGGAAAACACGGGCGUGGACAAGACGACAGACGCAGCAUUGCAGACAGGGACACCAUCGGGGCCGGCCUCCGAGCUGUCCAACGCCUCGCUCAGCCCCUCCAGCACGCCCACCACCCUCACAGACUUGACUAGCCCCGCUCUGCCGACUGUGACGUCUGUCUUAACUUCUGUGCCUGGCAAUCUGGAGGGUCACGAGCCCCACAGCCCCUCACAAACGACUCUUACCAACCUUUUCUAAUGACUGGCGCUCCCGUUAUCCCCCCAACCCUUCCCAACCCCAGCUCCAUGAUUUCUUUAAAAAAGAAAUUAUCUUUAGUUUGAAUUCCAAGUGUAUUUUAAAAUAGAGGCUUUGAGCAACUAACCACAUUUUUAGGAUCUCGCCUGGAAAAAAAAAAAAACAGAGGAAAAAAAAAGUAAAAUGAAAUAAUUGUGCAUCCAGCUAUCCCAGCGGUGUGAAUUUUGAGGAAUGAAUUACUUGGAAGAUCUAUCUGCAAACACAACAUUUGUGUCCAUGUACAGUUUAUGGACUGAGCGAGGAGAAACAACAAAUAAUUUAAGUCGGCUAGAGCUUCUGUAUUUUUAAAGACUGCUACGUGCCUUAGGAUUACUGUUUUAUCUCCAUACUUUGGACAACUUGUUCAUUUUUUUUCUCUCCCUCUUUUUCUCUCUGUAUAUUUAUGACCAGAGCAAAAAUGUAAAAAAACAAACAAACAAAAAAUAACAAAAAAAGUUUGUUACUUUGAAUAGUCCUGAAAAAAAAAAAACAAAGGAAAAAAAAACCCUCCAACGGUUGCUUUGUUGUUUUAGAAUUUUAAGGUGGAAGUCUGUUCGAAUAUCAGAAUUUGUAAAAUCUAACCAAUAAUAAAACCACUUAUUGAAA